AUGUCCAUCAAGAAUUUUGUUGAAGAUACCAUCACUUCGCACAAGAUAACCGUAUUUUCCAAGUCCUACUGUCCUUACUGUCGGCGUGCAAAGACCUUACUCAAGGACGGGUAUCCCGACGUGGAUAUUGGUGUUGUUGAGCUUGAUGAACGCGAUGACGGAAGCGACAUCCAAGAAUACCUUCGCCAGAAGACUGGACAGGGUACAGUUCCCAAUAUAUUCAUCAAUCAGCAGCAUAUUGGUGGAUGCGAUGAUACAAUUAAACUGCAGAGCUCGGGACAGCUGGCCGGUUUGAUUGCUGCAUGA